AUGCCGAAGCAUUUAAAUAGUCGGAGUCAAGAGUUGGUGUCAUCCUUAAUACGCUAUUUUGAGGCAGAACGGGAUAAUAAUGGACCUUUGUUACCUUUAACAGCUGUUAGAGAGGAACUGGUGUCGAACCUGAAAUCGGAGGGGCACAAGUUCCCGCCGCUACGCGAAUCGGACGCCAUGUUCGCGGUUGACUGUGCCCCCGAGUGGGCGAUAGGCGACAGUUGCCAACGUUGCCGCGUCCAGUUAACUUUGAUCAACCGCAAGUACAACUGCCGCCACUGCGGCCAGGUCUUCUGUCUCGACUGCUCUCAGAGUAAGAUACCGCUGCCGAAAUUCGGCAUAGAGAUAGAUGUCAGGGUUUGCGACGGCUGUUACGCACAGGAACCAUGUAGUUGGGUUAUCCGGGUUGUAUACCCAAUCGUCCUUACAAAGGAACUACAAGAAAGAUUUAAAUCUCUGUCUUCGCCACGUAUAAGUAAAGUAAAAGAAAGUAAUAUUGAGCAAAGUCUUAUCUGUUGGGCUGCUGUUGCUGCUCUGCUACGAGUUGGACGUGAAGUCUCUAACUCUUUAAAAACACUAACACUUUACAAAAAUGUCACAAGGAACAGGUUCUCAACUUUACCUUUUUAUCAAGUCCUUCAAUUAUUAUUAUUACUCCCUUGGUGGUCACUUAAAAGGAACUGGAGAGCUUUUCCUCCACUUACUAUGCCCCAAAAGCCUGACGCACAAAAAGACAAGCAAGAGGGGUUGCAGUUGGGGUUGGGUUUCAGCCAAUCGGAGGCAGAAGCCAAAGAGAAGGAGAAUAUCAAGAUUGCGUUGCAUGACGCCAACAAUGCUAAAUGCGAGAUGGCAAUCGAAACGAUGAAUCGGUUUACUGACGAUCUUUUGAGAGAAAAAAUAUUCCACUGCCAGAUUUGCGAUGAGCUUUGCACGUCCGAUAUUUUCCUGGUCAAAGGUAAAGGAAACGUGUGUGGAAAAUGUUUUGAAGAAAAGUGCGGGGAGGAAAUGAAAUCGAGGGGUGAAUUGAACACGGCGCUCAUCUUGAUUAUAUCCAAGCUAAAGUUGCCGUGCAAGUUUCAACCCAAAGGUUGCGAUAAAAGGGUGGCGCCCAAGAAAUAUUCCAAGCACAUUGGAAGAUGUGAAUUUAAAAUAAAACCCUGUCCCAUGGUCAAUUUUAAAGGUUGCGAAUGGAAGGGGAUUAAUCUGGAAGUAGCCGAGCAUAUUCAAGAGAUUCAUAAAGAAGACGUUAUUAAAAGUGAUAAUAAUAUAUUUAAGGUUGAGGCAUCUUUGACAGAACCUGUUAGCGUCAAGUUAUUAUCCGACGACUGCAACAACUGUAUUUUGGAGACUUUGGUUGAAGAUAAUAAAUUUUACUACGGAGUGUUCAAGCCACCAACCAAACAGUCGUGAAAACCGUGGGUACUCUUACCAAACUGAACGGUAUUUAUAAUGAAAUGAACCUGGAUAAGAACCCCAACGCGACUGUGGUGGAUCUUGAUUCGCUGAAAGGUCUUGCGGACGAAAAAAAUAUGAUUUUAAACGAAUUUAAUCUCAACCCGAAGAUAAUCGACGAAGGCAUUCUUAAAUUAUUGGAAUGUCCUGUCUGCAUGAACACAAUGCGGACGCCGAUUUAUCAGUGCUCUCAAGGACAUAGUGUUUGCAUGCUGUGCCAUGAAGAGUUGAACGAGUGUCCUACGUGUAAAAACAAGUGGAGCAACGUAAGGAACUACUUGAUUGAACAGUUUCUGACAAACAUCAAGUUCCCGUGUAGGUUCAGUAAAUUUGGAUGCAAAAAAAUUGACGUUGAAAAUCGGCUGAACAAACACGAAGUAUCAUGUGCAUUUAUAGUCUAUCAAUGUCCUAUGGGUUGUCCUAAAUCUGGAAACUAUGAAUGCAUUUCGGAACAUUUGAAUAAUAAACACACGGGCAUGAAAUACACGAAGCAAACAACAAUAGGAUUUUCAAGGAAUACAAAAGAAACCAUUAAAUGGAUGAUGUUCGAUUUAAAGUUAUUUCGAUUGUCGUUUUACUUUUUUGAGGGGAAAAUGCACUGGGCUGUCGAGUUGGUCUGUUCUCAAGAAAAUGCCAAACCAUACAAGUAUAAAGUAACCUACAUAAAAUCAUGUGAUCAAAGCUCCGUUUGCUUAAAUGAAAGAACUCAACCUUUGCAAAAAAUAUCCAACAGUGUAAAAUUUGAUGAUAAUGGCAAUGAUGACGCUGGCAAAUUUAUGGUUUCCAUUGAAAAAUGUAAUUAAUAUAUUCACAAUUUAAAUGAUUUGAUUUGUUAAUAUAAAUCUUAUUAAAGCAUUUUU